AUGUUUGACAAUUUUAAAGAUGAUCUUCCCUGUUUAAAUAGUUUAUAUUGUUUAAGUAUUGGAAAUCAUAAUGAUGAACUAACUUUUAAAGAUAGAGACAGAUCAGAUAUAGUUGAUUAUUUAAAAAACAUUAAACCAAAGGAUUUUACUGUUGUUCCUCUCCUAUCAAAUGUAAAAUAUACAGGCUUUUCAAAUGAUAUUGAUAUUGUUGGUCUAAAUUUAUUUUUUUCUUCAAAUGAUAAGGCACCAGUUACUAUUGAUUGUAAAUCAAAUGGAAGAGCUUUCAAUAUUACGGCGGGAUCGGAGGUUACUUUCUACAAUAUUAUCUUUACCAAUUGUUCAAAUUCAUUGGGUGCUGCCAUCCAUGUCUCUGAUGACUCGACUGUAUUCUUUGAAAAGGUUCUCAUUACAAAUAGUAUUAGUGACUUCGGUGCACUGUAUGUUUCUAAUUCCAAGGUAAUCAUUACAUCUUCCAACUUUACCUUCAACAAGGCUUAUCAAGAUGGCUCUGCAAUCUAUGCAACUAAUGGUGCAGUCAUUGAGUUGGAUAACAUUAGAUUUACCGGCAACUCUAGAAUUGUGAAAUAUAAUGGAAACGAUUUCUCACUGACCAACGAUAUUUCUAUAUACAAGCGGUCGAGUGUGCUCUCCAAAGACGAGGUUAUUCCAGAUGCCAAUAUAUUCUCCAUAUGUGACACCUCUUCAUCUUUCAUCAAUAUGAGACAGAGCUCACUAUGCUCCAUACAAUCCAAACUGGAAUAUAGUGUAUUUGGUAUUUGUAACGACUCUAUAUGUGAUCCGGUGAGAGAAGACUUUUUCAAUUGCCCUGAAGACUGUCCAUCUACUUUUUUCUCUGGAUUUUUACAUCAGGAAUUCCAAUGUAAAAUAAAAAACAAGAAUGACUGUGGAGAGAAGCCAAUUCACCGAGAACCAUUGUCAUUUGCUCGUCUUACACCAUUCAAGAACCAAGACAGUGAAUACAAUAUCAUGAAAGGUCAAUUGGAAUCGUAUUUCAGAGUGCCCAGGGACGGAAAUAUCCAUUUCAAAUUCAAAGUUGAAAAUAUCAAUCUCUAUGUCUACUUGGAUAACAAUCCAAUCAUAGAGUUUGAUGGUUCCCAAAACAAUUUAUUUUAUGGUGAUAAGGAUCUUACUGUAUCCAAAUAUUUGGUAUCGGAUCACGUUCAUAAAAUAAAAAUCAUCUACGAAGUGAUUGCUAGAGCUUCAUUUGGUCAGAGGAAUCUGGAAAUCAAAUAUAGCUUAGAUGGUAUCAGUUUCAAGCUAUUUGAAGAUAUAAAUUUCUAUUCCUACAUGAUAUGUGGUGAUGGAAUAUAUGAUCCAAAUGAAGAUUGUGACUCCGACUCCAAUGGUGGUUACGGAACUCCUUUUUCCUUGAAGAAAGGCACUGGUUACGCCCAAAAUGGAACCACUUGUGGCAAUGGGAUCUGUGAUGAAGUCGAUCCGAAUUCUUGUAUAUACGAUUGCUAUAAAUAUAUUACUCCAAGAUGUGCUCCUUAUACUAUGAAGCAAGGCUCCAUUCCUCCAAUGGAAACCAGUAUGGAUACUCUUGGUCUGUUGAUUCAAAACCAAAUGAUUUGGCGAUUGCCUGGAUAUCAACAUUUCAGCUUUGGCUAUGACAUUGUCUUUGGAGAGCAACGAUCGUAUCCAAUCUUUUAUUUCGGAUUCUGUAAUGAAAAGGAAUCGAAUAUCGUUGAGGAUAAAUACCGUCAAACAUUCUACGAGGUUCCAAAAGAGCUAUCGGUUAUUCCACUUCCGAAAUGUACAUUUGAUGUCGUCUCUAAAUUCCAUUCCACUGUAGAAAAAAUGAGAAAUGAAAUGGCUUUGAAAUCUACAGCCAGUACCACUUCUACUCUAAAUGGUGGAGCUGGUUCGGUUGAAGCAUCAGUUUCAGUUGCAUUCUCCAAAGAUAGAUCCAUUCAAAAUUCAAUGCAAAUGGAAUCAAAAGUAGAAGGAACAUUGAUUGAAUCAACCAUCGAUUGUUAUAUCACAAGUGUAAAACUCAAUGAAUUUCAAUUCAGUUUAAAUUUCCUCCGAGAUAUUGCCACUGCCAUUACAUUUGAUGAAUACUUUUCACUAGUAGAAACAUAUGGUACGCAUUACUAUGACUCUGCUAUACUUGGUGGACAAUUAAAGCAUACCACUUCAAUCAAUGAAAAGGAUUUUUCUACAGAGAGAGAAAAUGAAAUUGCAGAACAAACAACAAAAUCAGUGAGCGCAAAAGUCUCCUCCCCGAAAUUCAAUGUUAAAGCAUCGUACUCUGGAUCUGACAAUUCUGUAACCAGUGAGAAAUCAAUGGAAGAAUAUAAUCAAAAGACAUCUAAAUCAUCCAUCAUUGCUAAAGGUGGUGCACCUGGAUCCUAUGGUACCUCUGCUGAAGGAAAAGAUAGUACAUUUGGUGGUUGGGCAGAUACGAUCGAUUAUUUACCAGUUCCAAUUGAUCCACAAUUGAAAAGAAUUGCAGAGAUCAUUCCAAAGACAUGGAAAACUCCACAAGGCAAAAGAGUUUUUGAUCUUUGGUAUGCUGCAGAACAGAAAUACUAUGAAUUGGAAGGUGGCCUUUUGCAAUCGAGACUUUCAUUGGCAAAGUCAAAUACUUUUGUUUUAUGGAUGGGCGCUUUUGCCUCGGAGUCUAAACCGUUCAACACUCCAGUGAAAUUGGCAAUGGAGGUGAAUGUAAAAGGAUCGAUUUCAACUGUAGAUUUCCAAGCUUUGCGAAAAGAGUUUGGAACCAAUCAAUUUGAUAUUCAGAAUAUAAACAGGCCAUUUGAUUUCCAAUACAUAACACCAACCUUCAAAGUGAAUUGGACUCCAUCGAGUAAUAGUGUCGUCAAAUUGGUUUCCUCUAUGAAAUCAAAGAAAACAUUUGUUGAAAAAACUAAGCGCAUUGGUUUUGAAUCCAAUAUUACUCAUAUUGAAAAUAUGGUUUUCAUGAAUGUUGGUGAAACUACUAAAUUCCCAAAUCCAUAUUUGUGGGAUGCCGAUAAAUACGAUAGCUAUGAAAAAGAUUACAAUAUAUUGAAACCAUACUUUUUCGAUGACAAUGGUGUUUUAAUAGAACCAACCAUUUCAAAAGAUUCCGGCUACCUUUUGAUUCCACCUAUGCCAAUGGCAUAUAAAAGCAUUGCAAUCAACAUUCACACCGGUGGAUACGUCACUGUUCUCUAUGUAGACUACAAUGUUUCAAUUAACCAAAGACAAUUAAUUUCAAUUCCACAAGAACAUUUAGCAAAGAUAUUGGUCGCAACAUCAAUUGAUUACACUCCAAACUAUGAAAAUUUCCAUCAUUUGGGUGAAUCAUAUAGUUGGUAUAAUGAUGAUGAUGGACCAACUAAAGAUUAUUGGUAUUGGCACAAAACACAAAAUAUGAGACCGCUAUUUGCCAAAUUGGCAGGUAAAUAUGGAAAUGAUCAAUGCCCAAUGGCAAUAAACUAUGAUAAUACCUGUAACUUGGAAGAUUGUCUCUCUGGGGACAGAUUACAAUCUAUCACGUCCAUCUUUAUUCCAGUGGGCGAACCUACCUAUUUCUUCCUUCCAAAUAAAAUUGUUCCACUUUACUCAGAGAGUGUCAACAGAGUACAUUCAAAAUCAAUCUUUACACAAGUUCAAAGAACUGAUAAUGUACAAGAUAAAGCAGAUGAAGUGACCACCAAAGAGUUGAGCAUUGUACAUUGUACCGUUGUCAUCAAUCUUAAGGUCCAAAACUACAUAUCCGUGCCAGCUGGCUUUGAUGUAUCAAGUGGCUCUUCAUAUUCAUCCUUUUGGGUGUAUUUAUCUGCGGAUUGUCUCAAGUUGAUGAGAUGGUUGAAUUCGGAAUAA